AUGUUCAAUGAAUUUGUCCAACAGUCGUCUGAAUCCGAUGGUGAUUGGGAGGUUCGUGAUCCGUUUAAAAACUUCAAAUUUACUCGAUAUUUGAAGGAAGAGGUUGUUCAGUCGAUAAGAAAAAAGCAAUAUGAAGAUGGUACGAGCAAAUGUGGUCCAUUUACCAAUCGUGCGUAUACAUUUGUCACAAUUCCUCGAUAUCUAGAAUCGUUUAUGGUUUAUGGGAUGCUGCAGUGUUUGGAUCACUUACUGGUUAUUUAUACAUUUCUUCCAUUACGUUGUUUUCUCACUGUAUUAAAUUUAAUGCUAAGAAUAUCCAGUGGAGUAUUUCAAUUUUUCACAUAUUUUAAUCAAUACCAUGAUACACCUCCAUCGAAGACUUCACGGUUAACUUUACUGUAUAAUUAUGAAUUACGUGACCUGAUCAAAUUUUCUUUAUUGUGUAUAUGUACUGUUAUUUUAACAAAAUAUGACAGUUCCAUGGCUUAUCAUGAAAUAAGAACACAAUCGGUGAUAAAAAUUUAUAUUUUUUUCAAUUUACUCGAGGUCGCAGAUCGUUUAUUAUCUGCUGUUUGUCAAGAUGCCUUGGAUGAUUUACUAUUUACGAUCAGUAAACCACGAUCUGAUUCAGUUUUAUCUAAUGAUCUAGAGGAAAAUAGUUUCAUUUUCUGGCGUGAUAUUGUUUUACAGUACUGCUUUGCCUUCUUUUGUCUCAUAGCCCACUGCUUCCUUCUACUAUGUCAAGUUACUACUUUAAAUGUAGCAUUCAAUUCACAAAAUAAAUCACUGAUCACUGUGUUUAUUUCGAACAAUUUUGUUGAAUUAAAAGGUAAUGUAUUUCGUAAAAUGGGAAAAACAAAUUUAUUUCAAAUUGCUUGUGCUGAUGUGCGUGAACGAUUUCACUAUUGUGUUUGGUUUUCAAUUAUUGUAUGCCGUAAUAUGAAUGAAAGUGGAUGGAAUUUAGAUGAUCUUCAAACAAUUCUUAUUGAUGUAACCUAUAUUCUUCUAGCAGAAGUUGCUGUGGAUUGGAUAAAGCAUUCGUUCAUUACCAAAUUUAAUGUGAUCCCUUCAAAUGUCUAUGAGGAGUAUACUGUGAGCAUUGCAUACGACCUAUUAUUAUGCCAUCAGGGGAAGAAUACAUCAGAUUACUCUGACCUUCUCUCACGUCGUAUGGGUCUUACUCCGAUCCCCCUUAGUUGUUUAAUUAAUGCUAUGCUUUUUCAAACAAUAAGGAAUCCCAGCACUCUUUGCCUUACUUUACCGUUUGUUGUGUCUGUACUAUUUGCAGUUAAAGUUGCAACUAACCUUACCCUUAUGUCCAUGGCUUAUUCUCAUGUACGUGAGUACAUAAAUGCAGCAAGUACUGUUCGACAGGAUGAAAAUUGUUCUUUCGACAAUGAUAAAACUGGUGGUGUUUUCACAACUACAGUAAAAGGGAAUAUGAAACAGUCUCAACAUAUUCUUUCAGAAAAGGAAAUUCGGAUAUCAUCAAGAAAGCCUCCUUUUGGUUUCACAGGUUAUGACCAACCGACUAAAGAUGAAGAUUGCUUUUUGCCGACGGGUCUUAGGUAUCGGAAAUUCAAAAGCGACUCAGGUCCCGUAGAUAUAACAGUUAAUAUGGACAUAAAUCACUCACUAACUCCUGAAGAUACAUCAGAACUCGCUGGAAAUAAGCUUAGAGUGUUAAGUCCGAUUUCCACGGGUAGCAUUUGGAAUGAAUUGAUUGAACCAUAUCAAUCAAUUAUGGCCUCUGCGACCGGAACACCGAAGAGUCUAUAUGAACUUAGUGAAUCAGCCCCAUUAACACCUCUUAGUCGAAUAGGGUCAGCAAAUCGGAUAUUCAAUCCCGGGAAUAAUAAGUCAGAAAUCGAGUGCGAACGUAAUUUCCAUGGUUCAUGCGUGUUCCAGACUGAAGAUAAACCUCAGUUUACUGCUUACACAAAUACUCCAAUUGCUACAUUACAUAAUGAGGGACUACAUGUACGCAACAGGUAUGAGAUGACUAGUAUCUUAGAAUUAUAUAGCAAUAAAGACGAAUCAUUUACAACAAUGGUACGGCCUCCUAGUGCUUGUGUUUUAUUAAGACCAAGGUAUUACAGUAUCGAUCUAGGUAUUCUGAGUACUUUUUUAAAUUCUAUGGAACGCAAUGUACGUGCUACAGAUGAAACACCAAUUAAAGAUGGAAGUGCUCAGGAAAAUGAAUCAAAGCCUACCUAUACUUUCAAUCCUAUACACAAACGCCGGAUACGUACAAUGACUGAAAGUUCAGGCACUGCCCCUUCACAUCCUCCAAGGGACCCUACAAUACCAAUUCUAUGGGAACGAAGCAGUAGAAAUAGUACGGUUAACCAGUUCGGUUUGGAUCGACUGAAACCAAUAACACCUGGACGAGUAAAGCAGCCAUUGUCUGAUAUUGAUCGUUAUUCAAUGGUAGAAGGACAAAUUAGUUGA